UAAAACCGCCCCAGAAUUUCCCUGCAGUUUUCAAAAAAACCAAGCUCCUGACCCAGGUGACCUCACCCAACUCUGUAUAUAUUGCUAUACCAACCAGCCCUCUAUCACAAACCCCCUCCAAAUUCUUCUCAAUCUCCAAAAACACAGACAUAUCCAAUUUUAGUACCUACCCUUUUGAGUCUAUACCCUCCAACAACUUAACAACCAGCCAUGUUGGAAUCAGAGAGGUUCAAGAAAAUCCAGAAGAACAGGAAAUGCUUUGCAUACAUUGGAAUCUUCAUUGUGUUCCAAAUCAUAGUCAUGACCGUUUUCGGAUUGACCGUGAUGAAGAUCAAAACCCCGAGCGUGAGGCUGAGGUCUGUGACGGUCCAAACCAUCGAAAGCACCUCCAAUACUUCCUUCACCGCAACUCUCAUUGCUGAAGUUGCCGUGAAGAACAAGAAUUUCGGGAGCUACAGGUUCGAUGCCACCACGGCUAAUGUGACCUACGGGGAUGUCACGUUGGGAAGAGGUGACAUUAUCAAGGCACGCGCCGGUUUGAAGAAGACGAAGAGAUUGAAUGUGACCAUUGACGUAAGCUCGAGUGGGGUGUCGGAUAACAGCCUUGCCACUGAGCUGACUUCAGGGAAUGUGACACUGAGGGCUCUUUCGAGGGUGACUGGUAAGGUGUCAUUGAUGGGGAUGAUGAAGAAGAGGAAGACCGCGAAUAUGAACUGCUCGAUGAUUGUUAAUGUUCCAAACAAGGUUGUUUACGAUUUGACUUGUAAAUGAUAUUGCCUUGGUUUUUUUUUUCUUCUCUGUUCUUGUUCUGAGUUUCUUGCCCUGUUCUUUCUGUUGUGGGGCUUUGGAUUUGUUUACAGAGAGCUAGUGUGUAGCUCAUUUAUUAUUUCUUGAUAGUAAUAAAAUAAAUAAGGAGAUGUAUGUAUACUUAAUUGGGUGUAUGAAAUUUGCUAGUCACAUAUCAAUGGUUGGUAAGACUGAGUUUCGCUUCA